GGCAAAGUCGCAUGCACCGUCGGCGGCGAUGAAUUACUUAAGACGUACGUGAGAUAUUUGACAUGCUUAAUGAUCAGCUAGUGAGCUAAAAGGCUGUCAAAUGUGGCCCAGAUCUACCAAUGUUUGACUUGUUUGAAUGGAUCACCCUUGCCAUACAUUGUGCUUUGAACUCAUGAGCUUCCGUCAGUCGGUGCAUCAUCGAUCCCUCCUCAAAACCAUGUAUAAAUAUCCUCACACUAUCUCCAUCAAAUUUCACACCAAAUACGAAAACAUGGGCAUCCCUCUCAUCUCCCUCCUCUGCCUUUUCACCCUUCUAUUCUCCUCAGCCCACUCCGAGCUCUGCAACCCGACAGACAAGAAAGUCCUGCUCCGAAUCAAGGCAGCCCUCAACAACCCUUAUCUACUCACCUCAUGGAACCCAGCCACCGACUGCUGCAAAUGGUACUGCGUCAAAUGCGACUCCACCACCCACCGCAUCAACUCCCUCACCAUCUUCUCCGGCAAAAUCUCCGGCCAAAUCCCCGCUGAGGUCGGUGACCUCCCUUACCUAAAAACUCUCGAGUUCCACAAGCUCUCCAACCUCACUGGCCCCAUCCAGCCCGCCAUUGCCAAGCUCAAAAGCCUCAGUUUCCUGAGGCUCAGCUGGACCAACCUCUCCGGCCCAGUCCCUGAAUUCCUCAGCAAGCUCAAGAAUCUCACCUUCUUCGAUCUCUCCUUCAACGACCUCUCCGGCUAUAUCCCACCCUCACUCUCUCUGCUUCCCAACCUCAACGCGCUUCAUUUGGACCGCAACAAACUCACCGGACCAAUCCCAGAAUCCUUCGGGAAAUUUACCAAAGUACCGGACUUGUACCUCUCCCACAACCAACUAUCUGGGAAAAUCCCAGCCUCGUUCGCCAACAUGGACUUCAACGUCAUAGAUCUGUCGCGCAACAGGCUCGAAGGCGACGCAUCCGUGGUUUUCGGCUCCAACAAGACCACGCAGAUUGUGGAUAUGUCGAGGAACUUGCUCCAGUUCGACCUGUCCAAGGUGAAGUUCCCCAAGAGCUUGACGUCGUUGGAUCUUAACCACAACAACAUCACGGGAAGCAUUCCGGUGGAGAUGACCAAACUGAAUUUGCAGUUCUUGAAUGUGAGUUAUAAUAGGCUGUGUGGUCAGAUUCCGGUGGGGGGUAAGCUGCAGAGCUUCGACAACUCUUCCUAUUUUCACAACCGCUGCUUGUGCGGCUCGCCGCUCCCAAGCUGCAAGUGAUGAAGAUAAACUCGUGGGGGCAAUUCGAUUUGCCCGGAAACAGGAGUUAGUAAUAGUAUUCCUGCAAUGCUCUCAGCGUUUGUGUUUUUGUCCAAUAAUGCCGUUUUAAUUACGAAAAACCCAAUAAUCAAGGCAGUAAUAAACAAGGCUGUUCCUUGUCCA